AAUUUGAUUCAAAGUACUUUAUACACGAGAAAAAGUAAAAAAUAUAUUCACCAACGUUUCUAUCAAUACGUGAAUGUUUAAAUGGAAGUCUUUAAAACUGUCCAGGAAAUGUUUAUUUUAAUGUUCGGGCGGAAAUGUUCGACUUUAAUACGAACUUGACACUAUGACAAUUUUUUUGAAGCAACAACGAAGCGACUGUUCUGUAAACUGCGGCCAUUUCUUAUGCUGACGGUUUUAGUAUAGUUUUAGGUGUUUGUGAGAUAAAGCAUUUUCUGUUUUGUAAACGGGACAAAUUCGGAACUCUCUUGCCUGGCUCGCUCGGCAGUUGUAUAUUUUCACGAUGGACCCAACAAGUCGAUACCAAGUGCUGCAUAACGAGGAUGACUCCUCUGAGGCCUCCGGCAGUGAGCAGCAGCCCUGUGCCACCCCCCAGGCUGGACCGUCGCAGGACCAAAGCCAGACGCAGAUCAGCGUGCUACCUGCAUCUCCACCUGCAGAAGCUGGGGCUGCAGAUGCACCUCCGCCUCCUUAUGCCCAUAUUGACCUGGGUGCGACUGCCGCGGUGCAAGAGACAAGUUUCCAAAGUGACUUCCCAGUGCCACCACCUUAUAGUGUGGCCACUUCGUUGCCCACAUAUGAUGAGGCGGAAAAAGCCAAAGCCGCCGCCUUGGCUGCUUCCACUGUGGAGGUGAUUUCGCGGGAGGAUGAAUUUAUUCCCAGAGAUGAUUUCAACGAUGCUGACCAGCUUCGAGUUGGGAAUGAUGGAAUCUUCAUGCUGGCCUUUUUUAUGGCCUUCUUGUUUAACUGGAUUGGCUUCUGUUUGUCCUUCUGUUUGACCAACACCAUUGCAGGGCGCUACGGCGCCAUCUGUGGCUUUGGCCUCUCCCUCAUCAAGUGGAUUCUCAUUGUCAGGUUCUCUGACUACUUCACUGGUUACUUCAAUGGUCAGUACUGGCUGUGGUGGAUCUUCCUGCUGCUCGGUCUCUUGCUGUUCUUCAGGGGUUUUGUCAACUACCUAAAGGUCCGCAAUAUGACCGAGAACAUGGCCUCCUCACACAGAACACGCCUCUUCUUCCUGUAUUAACCAGGCUGCCAUUUGGCAAUGUCUGGGCUACCUGCUACUGUGGGCCCUCAUGAUUUUUUUGGUGAUUCUCCGCAGGGUUCCGCCCCAUUGCCAUUCCCUUCCAUUGAGAAAUCCUACAACCACCACCCACCCGCACCCUCGAAUGACCUGCCAGGCCAUUGUUGCAGGGAAGAGGAAGAAGGGCAGUAAAGUAAAUGUACAGAGGCAGGUACAGUUGAAAUGCAUAGCAAAUAGAUGUAGAUUGUAGUUGUGCCGGCCAGCCAAUGAACUAUUCUGAUCAAGUCUUACGCCAUCCAGGAUGUAGCUCUUUAACUUGCAGUGGCACUGCCUACAUCCUUAACACCUUAGUCACUUUCACGUCGGUCAAUUUUGGGCUAUUCAUAAAUGUGCAUGUAGGAUCGGGUUACAUAUCCCGUGGUGGUUUACCAUGGAAGACUGAACAUUAAUCAGAUUUUUGGCAUCAGCCAGUUGAAUUUGACCCGAAUCCUUUUGAUGUUAGGUGAACAAAAUAGCAUUUUAGCAUGUAAUGGUUAUAACGAGAUGAAUUUCAGGAUUUUAUUCCUGACCUAUGCAGCACAAGCCAGGCAAUUAAACUGGAGGAGGGCUACUCUCACUGCUGCCAUUUCUGAUACGAACAAAAAGAAAAAAGAUCUGACCAUCGGCUCUGGUCGUGGGGGUUCUCACGGGUGAUCAUCGAGCAUUGAGGGGAAAAAAAAUGAAACAAAAAAGCUUCUGAGCCAUAUUGUGCUUCAGGAGUACUUGUCAGACAUGGCCAGGGAGCAAGAAAGUUUUACAAGUCCUAUGCAAUUUAAUUACCUACAAUAGUAGUUGUGGAUUAUGAAGUUAUGGUAAUGAUUGAUGCGGAAGGUUGGCAAUACAACAAAAAAUUUCACUGGCCAUGCAUUUAACACGGAUAUUGCUUUGUAGUAUUAUUACUAUAAAUGUCCGGUCCUUUCUUUUCAAGGAAGUUUUUGGUGGCAAUGGGAACACCCCAAAUGACAUGAACACCUACCAUUUGCUAGUUUGUACUUAAAAAAAAAAAAAAAAUCAGAUGCCAUUGUUCAGUGUGUUGAGAGCAUGUGAUGAGCUGAGCCUGUCUGGACAAAGUCAACAUCAACCUGAAAAUCAAAUGUAAAUACCAACUUAAUACCAAUUCAUAUUUGCACUUUGAAUUUCUGUACAGUGUAAUUUGAGUCUGCCUAAAUUGAUGUGGUGGUGGAGCAGUUGAAAAAUUAAAACUGCUUUCCAUGUUUUUCAACUUGAAUUCUUAAUUAUGUGAAAUACUGCUGUUUUGUUUUUUCCAUUUUCUUUUGCACUUUUUACUUUUCACACAGAUUUUUUCUCUCUUUCUUUUCUCAUCUGAACUGUGACUUUUUAAGUAUUGCCAAACUUAUAAUCGCCUUUUUCCGCCCUCGGCCUUUUUCAGCGAUAUCCAAAUUUGCUGCAUGAUUGAUGUGCUUGAAUGAUUAGCAGGGAUAUCAGGAGUCAACCAUUUAUUUACAAAGCCAUGAACCAGUACAAAGAGCAAAUGAAAUAAAAUAGCACUCAUUUUGUUGUUGCUUUAGCAUAUGUAACUUGUCAUUUAUUGUAACUGGAAUUAAUUGAUGUAUUGCAAAAUGCCAAUAAAGUUUGAAAACAAA